CCUGCUCUAUUGCUACAGUACAGUAAGCCACACAGCUACUGGAACUCCCUUACCCUCUACCUCAAUCACCUCACCCCCUACCUCAGGGACCAGGCUGUCAGAAGCUUCUGGAGGCCUGUGGGAGGCCUGCUUGGCUCUGUCUAAAUACCUUGUAAGGGGCGCUAUAUUCAUGAUGGAUGGAUCACCAUUUGGGGGGCAUAGUUGUGUUUCAACUUUGUCUGCUGGUGCGGUAUGUGUGUGUGUGUUUCCACUUUCCAUAGCAUUAGACACUGUAGGACUCCUAGGCGCUUCCUUUCUUAGGCCUGUUGGUUCUUGCCCAAGGGGCUCAGAAGUGUGACGGACGAGAGCCGGCCCGGUGGUCGCCAUCUUGUUUCAGAACGUGUACAGUAAUGUUGUCACGAUACCAGAAUUUUGACUUCGAUACUGAUACCAGGUUUAGUAUCAUGAUACUCGAUACCAUCACGAUACCAAAACGAUACCACAACAAAAAAAAGAAGGCGUAUUAGCCAAAGUCACAGAAUGGCACUUCAUCCAGACAGAUAAACUCAGCUACUGCUCUAUUCAAUUGUUGGGCAUCUUCAAUAUCAUUACAUACAGCCAUGUAUGCAUUAUUUAAUAAAUGAUACAAUCAUACAAUAUAUUUGACUUUGUUUUUUUACCAAUAUAACUACAAAACAACAUAAUGGUAAUAAUUUAUUUGAAUGUUAAAUCUCUAUUGAUAAACUGGGUAAAUUAAGAUGUAGCCUAGGUCUAUUCACAAUACAGGUGAAUUCAUAUUAUUCAAUAGGAGUGUGUGCAUGCAUUCAGUUAUUGAGCUUGUUUUAGCUGAUUUCAUGGGGCUACAGAUGACAAACAAUACCUCCCAUUUAGGACUUAUUUUAUUGGCAACUGCUAGGAGAACAUAUACUUUUAUUGUACUGAUCAAUAACAUUUGCAUAGAAGAAGCGAUCUCUUCUUUUAUAAAAGUGUAUGCUGUCUCUUUAAGAAAGUAAUGACAUCAUUCACAAAGUAGAACAUGGCUGUGGAAUCUGACUUUGUGGCUAUGGAAUCUAGUGGAAACCAGACAGGAGGCGAGGGAGACGAGAAGUGAAUUACUUUUUGGUGGCGAAGGAGACAAAGUCAAUUAAUAAAGUUUUUGGUGACAAUCAGCUUUGAAAUCAGCAUAUUUUGUGUUAUGGCUUGCAUAUUAUCACAAACAUAGUACUAGAGUAGUGAAUUCAGCUGUAAGCUAGCAAGGAAAGUUAGCCUACAAAUAAAGCUGAAAGCAACCGGCAUCGUCUUGCAUUGUAAAAGUGUUCUGAACAGUUUAAACAUUUCUACAUACCAUGUUGCAUUAUUUAAGUGUGUUAAUUUCUGUGCAGCAUGAGUGGGGAGCUAACAAUGCAGCCAGACAGCUCUAGCAAUGAAUGAGUAAGUGGAGCAGGCACUUUGCUCUUAGCGCUUUAAAGCGGCUACGCUGAUAGACAGACUUUAUCCUGUCAAUGACGAAAAACACAUUUGACAGAAGUACCGAAUGUAACAAAAUUCUAGUAUCAAAUGUAUUUAUUUUUUGGUAUCGAAAAAGUACCGGUAUACCUUGGAACACUAGUGUACAGUGACACCCCAUGAAAUGCCUUAUGGGUUUCUACAUGCUUUUACAAUGGGAUUUUUUUUAAAAAUCAUUCCUGGGUCUGCCUUACAAACUGGUUCUCAACUAUGUGAAUCUGUGAUCCCAGAUAAGAAGAAGAUUGUUCUAUGGAAAGCAGAUAAAGCACAGACGUGGUAUUCACAGGUGUAUAGUUUACGUAGUUCCCCUUUAUGGUUUUCUGUAACGCUGUUAUCUUGGUGUCUUUGUGCCAAGCCAGGGGAGCAAGUAUAGACUUUGAAAAUAAGAGUAACUGACAUCAGCUAAGCACAUUUACAUGGCAAGCCAGUGCCUCAUGUUGUAAAUGUGUCUGGAAGGUGUGUGUGUGUGUGUGUUAUGCCUUGCCGUGUGUGUGUUAUACUGUAGGUCAGGUAUGGGUCCAUUGAAAGGGCCUAUCUCUCGCUCCGACUCGGUCCAUUCCUUCCUAACCUCUCCUUUCUUUCCCCUCUCUGUGUCCAACCCAGAAAUCAGAUCAAGGGCUGAGGUGUCAGGGAGACAGAGAUACUGAAAGGGCUUCUAGCCACCUGGUCUGAGCCCCAGCCUUUAGUUUCCACUCAUACUUUGUUCUCCUUUUACAAAAGCAGAGGCUGUGGCUGAGCCUUGUCUGGGCCCCUUCAGCUUGGGCUAGUGGGGGGGGUGUACUUUGUCAGGGAAGAUGUUUUUGAGUGGGUAGAGACAGACGGAUGGACAGACAGACAGACAGAUCAACCAAAGGUCUUGCUCUUUUAAUCUGUCAACACACUUUUAAUCAAUCCACACGUGCAUUGUCUUAUGUCAGACACCGUUUCCAUAGCCGUCUGCACUGAGAUGUUGCCUUAGCUGCACACUCUCCUAGCCAGAUGUGGGGCUGAGAGGGGAGGAGGGUUGAAGGGGUACAGACAGGAGGGUAGGGAGGGGCGAGGGGGGUAGCAGACGAAGCGUUGACAGGCGCAGAUGGGUGUCCUGGUCUGGGACAAGGCAGCUAUCUCGGGGUCUAAUCUCACUAAUGAGAGAAACUGGCGCUGACUGCUGACGAGAUGUUCUCUCUUCUCUCUCUCUCUCUAUCUCUCUGUUUUCAUAUCUCUCUCUAUCUCUCAUAUCAUCCUCUCUCUCUCUCUCUCUCUCUAUCUCUCUCUCUCUAUCUCUCUCUCUCUCUCUCUUUCUCUCUCUCUCUCUCUCUUCUUCAUUCUCACUCUGUCUCUGUCUCUCUUUCUCUCUCUCUCUUUCCCCCUCUCUCUAAUUAUCUCACUCUACCUCUGCCCCUGUGGGCUUAAUAAUCCCUCUAUCCACGGUACAUUGAGUGCUUUGGGGUCUAUAGCUGUACUGUACUGUGCCGUGCUCUACUAUGUUAUACUGUGCUGUGCUGUGUGGCCCAGGUUGGUUUAGGUGAGGUGUGAUUUGGGCUGACACACUGUUGGAGGUGCGUGAGAAAGAAUCUCACUGCCUGAGUGCUGCCUGAGAGAGGGAGGGAUGGUGGGAGGGAGGGAGGGAGGGGGAGAGCGAGAGAGAGAGAGAGUGAGAGAGAGAGAGAGACAGAAGGGCACAGCAGCCAGUGAGAAAAACAGCUUAUUUCUUUGUAUAGCGUUUGUAUUGUAGUGCUGGUUUCCCAGAGUGAGAGAGUGCACAGUGUGUGGUAUGGCAUUGAACUGUGCUCAGCUCUACUGUGAUGCUAUGCUCUGUGCUAGCCUGGCCUGGGUUGGCUUGUGUCUUCCCCGGUGCCUGCUGGUUGGCUGUGUUAGCUUUGGCAAGUAACUGUGCCACUGGAGGACAGCUGUGGCGGGAAGGGAACCGUGACUCAGACUGGCAUUCCAGAGAAAGAUUCCUGAUAUCCCACAACCGCCUGCAUUGUUCCCAAGGCCAAGGGCUUAUGCUUCCUGAGGAGGAAGCCUGCCUAUGGGGUGAAGGCCCUUAACUCUCUCACCCCCAACUCCCUGUCUGUCUCCCCCUCAGGGAGUUCCACCUUUCUCGCCCCUUCCUCCCCCCUCUCUCAGCCUAAAGAUGUUGGAUAGAUGCUUUAACUCUCUGUAUCUCUCUACUUUGUUAUAGUUUUUUGUGGUCUUCUUGUUUUAUUUAGGUGUUUUUGUGUGUUCCUGUAGCUACUGUGCAUCUAUUUCACGACUGUAACUAACAUUCCUCUCCUUUAAGUUGAAUAAAGUCAGCAGAUCCCAUCACUCUCACUGUUAACCCCCCCCCUCCCAACACACACACGCAUGCAUACUGUAAAACUUAAAUUAAAUGGCAAGUCUCAUUUUAAUAGCCGGGCAACGGUACACAUUUCAGCAAAUAAAUGGCUGUUUCAAAUAAAUGGCGGGUCUAAAUUUGUCACAAUCGUCAUAAUGAGUGGACCAAGGCGCAGCGUGAUAUGCGUACAUCUCUUUAAUAGUGUACUUAGCAACACGAUACAAAUAACAAAACAACAAAACGAAACGUGAAGUCCUCGGUCAUACACAAACCUACACGGAACAAGAUCCCACGAAUCACAAGUGCACAAAAAGCUGCCUAAGUAUGGUUCCCAAUCAGAGACAACAAGCAACAGCUGAUUGUCGUUGCCUCUGAUUGAGAACCACCCCGGCCAACAUAGAAACACAUAACCUAGAACAGAACAUAGGAAACGAAACAUAGACACUACACAAAGAAACUAACACCCUGGCUCAACAUACAAGAGUCCCCAGAGCCAGGGCGUGACAAAAUUACCGUAAUUGUUUACAAAGUUACCAUGAAUUACCAUGAAUUGUUUACGAGGUUUAAUGUUUGAUUUGUUACAUUCAAUAAUUCAGUAAUGACUGGAAAGAAUUAUGGCAAUCAUCCUAUUUUUUUGGCCAGUAAUAAACUGUUAGCCAUUGGCUCCUAACAGCUGAGAACUGCUAGCUAACUGACAUGCACAAAAACAGUCAACAACUUCGGGAGUACAGAGCCCUAGAAAUCGGCCGAUCGCCUUCUAGUGGCAAAAGUAAGAACUGCCAAAAAUCUAAUGAAAUCAAAUUGUAUUUGUCACAUGUGCCUUACCGUGAAAUGCUUACUUACAAGCCCUUAACCAACAAUGCAGUUCAAUAAAUAGAGUUAAGAAAAUAUUUACUAAAUAAACUAAAGUAAAAAAUAAAAUAAAAAGUAACACAAUACAAUAACAAUACCGAGGCUAUAUACAGGGGGUACCGGUACCCAGUCAAUGUGCGGGGGUACAGGUUAGUCAAGGUAAUUUGUACAUGUAGGUAGGGGUAAAGUGACUAUGCAUAGAUAAUAAACAGCGAGUAGCAGCAGUGUAAAAACAAAGGGGGGUGGGGAUGUCAAUGUAAAUAGUUUGGGUGGCCAUUUGAUUAAUUGUUCAGCAGCCUUAUGGCUAGGGGGUAGAAGCUGUUAAGGAGCCUUUUGGACCUAGACUCUGGUACCGCUUGCCGUGUAGUAGCAGAGAGAACAGUCUAUGACUUGGGUGACUGGAGUCUUUCACAAUUUUUUGGGCCUUCCUCUGACAGUCAAAGAGGAGUCAAAGAGGAGAAUCAUUAUUCAGUCAAGGAAUUUUUAUAUAUAUCUUUUUUAAUAUAGGCAUACUAAGACAAAAGAAACAUGACACUGUGUAAAUGAUAACACAUUAGUGCAGGAAAUGAAGAAAUUGAUUAAAAUGCAGGAAGUGAAUGCUGGAAUUAAAACAUUAACUAUGCAAAUGAGCAAAAGCUCAAAUAGAAGCCUGUCUGUAAUAAGCGCCUAUUGUGUUCAGUGAUUUAAGCAAAUAAACGCCCAGGCUAUUAAUUGAAGUUUUACGGUACCUUAGUUUACAACACUUUCCAUUUCCCCUAAACACUUAUUAGCUGCUGUUCUCUGAAGGAGUGUUGUUUUAACCUGAGAAAUUAACUUAAGAUAAGAGUCUGUUUUUACUCAUAGAUUCUACAGUAAUCCAGGGCUUGAGUUUGAUUUCCUGAACAUGAGUAUCUCCUCAGGAGCUGAAUUCUCUUCAGUUUAGCCCCUUGAGCUCAGAAAAGUCAAGGAGGUUUAGGGUAUAAAACAACAGAGAUCCUUGAUGAAAACCUGCUCCAGAGCGCUCAGGACCUCAGACUGGGGUGAAGGUUCACCUUCCAACAGGACAACGACCCUAAGCACACAGCCAAGACAACGCAGGAGUGGCUUUGGGACAAGUCUCUGAAUGUCCUUGAGUGGCCCAGCCAGAGCCCGGACUUGAACCCAAUCGAACAUCUCUGGAGAGACCUUUAAAAUAGCUGUGCUGCAACGCUCCCCAUCCAACCUGACAGAGCUUGAGAGGAUCUGCAGAGAAGAAUGGGAGAAACUCCCCAAAUACAGGUGUGCCAAGCUUGUGGCGUCAUACCCAAGAAGACUCUAGGCUUUAAUUGCUGCCAAAGGUGCUUCAACAAAGUACUGAGUAAAGGGUCUGAAGACUUAUGUAAAUGUGAAAUUUCUGUCUUUUAUUUUCAAUAAAUUAGCAAAAAUAUUCUAAAAACCUGUUUUUGCUUUGUCAUUAUCGGGUAUUGUGUGUAGAUUGAUGAGGACUUUUAUUUAUUUAUUUGUAAUCCAUUUUAGAAUAAGGCUUUAACCUAACAUAGGCAACAUAGACAUCAUACAGAAUAUACAAUAUCGGAACAAUUAACAUAAAACAUAACACUUUGGAGUAUAGGCUCAUUACAGUGGGAACAUACAGUGAGGGAAAAAAGUAUUUGAUCCCCUGCUGAUUUUGUACGUUUGCCCACUGACAAAGACAUGAUCAGUCUAUAAUUUUAAUGGUAGGUUUAUUUGAACAGUGAGAGACAGAAUAACAACAACAAAAUCCAGAAAAAUGUAUGUCAAAAAUGUUAUAAAUUGAUUUGCAUUUUAAUGAGGGAAAUAAGUAUUUGACCCCUCUGCAAAACAUGACUUAGUACUUGGUGGCAAAACCCUUGUUGGCAAUCACAGAAGUCAGACAUUUCCUGUAGUUGGCCACCAGGUUUGCACACAUCUCAGGAGGGAUUUUGUUCCACUCCUCUUUGCAGAUCUUCUCCAAGUCAUUAAGGUUUCGAGGCUGACGUUUGGCAACUCGAACCUUCAGCUCCCUCCACAGAUUUUCUAUGGGAUAAAGGUCUGGAGACUGGCUAGACCACUCCAGGACCUUAAUGUGCUUCUUCUUGAGCCACUCCUUUGUUGCCUUGGCCGUGUGUUUUGGGUCAUUGUCAUGCUGGAAUACCCAUCCACGACCCAUUUUCAAUGCCAUGGCUGAGGGAAGGAGGUUCUCACCCAAGAUUUGAUGGUACAUGGCCCUGUCCAUCAUCCCUUUGAUGCGGUGAAGUUGUCCUGUCCCCUUAGCAGAAAAACACCCCCAAAGCAUAAUGUUUCCACCUCCAUGUUUGACGGUGGGGAUGGUGUUCUUGGGGUCAUAGGCAGCAUUCCUCCUCCUCCAAACAUGGCGAGUUGAGUUGAUGCCAAAGAGCUUGAUUUUGGUCUCAUCUGACCACAACACUUUCACCCAGUUCUCCUCUGAAUCAUUCAGAUGUUCAUUGGCAAACUUCAGAUGGCCCUGUAUAUGUGCUUUCUUGAGCAGGGGGACCUUGCGGGCGCUGCAGGAUUUCAGUCCUUCACGGCGUAGUGUGUUACCAAUUGUUUUCUUGGUGACUAUGGUCCCAGCUGCCUUGAGAUCAUUGACAAGAUCCUCCCGUGUAGUUCUGGGCUGAUUCCUCACCGUUCUCAUGAUCAUUGCAGCUCCACGAGGUGAGAUCUUGCAUGGAGCCCCAGGCCGAGGGAGAUUGACAGUUCUUUUGUGUUUCUUCCAUUUGCGAAUAAUCGCACCAACUGUUGUCACCUUCUCACCAAGCUGUUUGGUGAGGGUCUUGUAGCCCAUUCCAGCCUUGUGUAGGUCUACAAUCCUGUCCCUGACAUCCUUGGAGAGCUCUUUGGUCUUGGCCAUGGUGGAGAGUUUGGAAUCUGAUUGAUUGAUUGCUUCUGUGGACAGGUGUCUUUUAUACAGGUAACUAGCUGAGAUUUAGAAGUACUCCCUUUAAGAGUGUGCUCCUAAUCUCAGCUCGUUACCUGUAUAAAAGACACCUGGGAGCCAGAAAUCUUUCUGAUUGAGAGGGGGUCAAAUACUUAUUUCCCUCAUUAAAAUGCAAAUCAAUUUAUAACAUUUUUGACAUGCGUUCUUCUGGAUUUUGUUGUUGUUGUUGUUCUGUCUCUCACUGUUCAAAUAAACCUACCAUUAAAAUUAUAGACUGAUCAUUUCUUUGUCAGUGGGCAAAUGUAGAAAAUCAGCAGGGGAUCAAAUACUUUUUCCCCUCACUGUACAAAUUACAGACGGGGGAUAUACAGUGCCUUCAGAAAGUAUGCAUACCCCUUGACUUAUUCCACAUGUUGUUGUGUUACAGCCUGAAUUCAAAAUGUAUUAAAUAUAUAUUUUUCUCACCCAUCUACACACAAUACCCCAUAAUGACAAAGUGAAAACAUGUUUUUAGAAAUGUUUGACAAAUUAUUGAAAAUUAAAUAAAGAAAUAUCCUAUUGAUAUAAGUAUUCACACCCUACUUUGUAGAAGCAUCUUUGGCAGCGAUUACAGCUGUGAGUCUUUCUGGGUAAGUCUAUAAGAGCUUUCCACACCUGGAUUGUGCAAUAUUUGCCCAUUAUUAUUUUCGAAAUUCUUCAUGCAUGAUCAUUGCUAGACAACCAUUUUCAGGUCUUGCCAUAGAUUUUCAAGUAGAUUUAAGUCAAAACUGUAACUGCCAUUCAGAAACAUUCACUGUCUUCUUGGUAAGCAACUCCAGUGUAGAUUUGGCCUUGUGUUUUAGGUUAUUGUCAUGCUGAAAGGUGAAUUCAUCUCCCAGUGUCUGUUGUAAAGCAGACUGAACCAGGUUUUCCUCUAGGAUUUUGCCUGUGCUUAGCUCCAUUCCAUUUAUUUUUAUCCUAAAAAACUCCCCAGUCCUUAACGAUUACAAGCAUACCCAUAACAUGAUGCAGCCACCAGUAUGCUUGAUAAUAUGUUGAGUGGGACUCAGUAAUGUGUUGUAUUGGAUUUGCUCCAAACAUAAGGCUUUGUAUUCAAAAAGUUAAUUUAUUUGCCACAUUCUUUUGCAGUAUUACUUUAGUGCCUUGUUGCAAACAGGAUGCAUGUUUUGGAAUAUUUUUAUUCUGUACAGGCUAUCGUCUUUUCACUCUGUCAAUUAGGUUAGUAUUGUGGCGUAACUACAACGUUAUUGAUCCAUCCACAGUUUGCUCCUAUCACAGCGAUUAAACUCUGUAACUGUUUUAAAGUCACCAUUGGCCUCAUGGUGAAAUCCCUGAGCGGUUUCCUUCCUCUCCGGCAACUGAGUUAGGAAGGUUGCCUGUAUCUAUGUAGUGACUGGGUGCAUUGAUACACCAUCCAAAUUGUAAUUAAUAACUUCACCAUGCUCAAAGGGAUAUUCAAUGUCUGUAUUUUUUUUAACCCAUCUACCAAUAGGUGCCCUUCUUUGCGUGGCGUUGGGAAACCUCCCUGGUCUUUGUGGUUGAAUCUGUGUUUGAAAUUCAUUGCAUAACUGAGGGACCUUACAGAUAAUUGUAUGUGUGGGGUAUAGAGAAGCGGUAGUCAUUCACAAAUCAUGUUCAAUAAUAUUAUUGCACAGAGGGACUCCAUGCAAUUUAUUAUGUGACUUGUUAAGCAUAUUUUUACUCCUGAACUUAUUUAGGCUUGCCAUAAGAAAGGGGUUGCUUACUUAUUGACUCAAAACAUUUCAGCUUUUCAUUUUUAAUUAAUUUGUUAAAAAAAACAAAAACAGCAUCCACAUUGACAUAAUGGGGUAUUGUGUGUAGGCCAGUGACAAACAUCUCAAUUUAAUCCAUUUUAAAUUCAGGCUGUAACACAACAAAAUGUGGAAAAAGUCAAGGGGUGUGAAUACUUUCUGAAGGCACUGUAUCUAUAUAAGCUGAGGGAGGGAUGCUGUCUUGACGAAUAUAUACAGUGCAAAUGACAUCAUUGCUAUUGUAAGGGAUCGGGGGUUGGCUGGGUCUAGACAGAGUCUGACACUUCCCCGAUCUACAGAGAGGGGGAGUCAUCAGACUCGAUCUGGUUCACCUGAGUUCUGAGCACACCUGUCAGUAAUUAGUGUAGGAUAUAAGGUGUGCUCAGAAGUUCAGUCGGUGCGAGGUAUUGUUCCAUUGUGACUUGCUAAGCGUUUUGUUCAGAGAGAGAGUUCGUUGUUUUGAUUACCCGUGUACCUGACCUGUGCCUCGUUGUUUGACUCCCCGAAUUGCUUAAUCCUCUGCUUGUCUAUCCCAGUGAUUACCGUCCUCUGAUCCUGUGCCUGUGCCCUCGACUACGACUAGCCCGCUCCCUUGGUACCUCUGCCUGUCUCUGCCUGACCCGGUUUUGACCACAGCCCACCCGACCACGAUUAAGCUAUUCCCUUGUCUGUACUCUAAUAAAGCAUCGCUAUUCUGCGAUUGGAUCUUACCACUCUGUCCGAGUAUUCAUUACAACUAUGACAUCACCAUAUGCUUGUUUUGGGCAUUACAUUACAGAUUUUCACAAUCGCGUACAAGCACAUUUGUGAUCUGUGUUGAAAUGUAUCUGUAGCAGAACAGCUAUGUUCAACUGCACAAAUACAUUUACAGAACAUCUGAUCAUUUUCUUGCUUUAGUACCUGACUUACAUAUCUUAGAUCACCUUUUGCAAAACAUUAAAUACAAAUGUUAUCAGUGAAUACAAAUUCAGUGUUAAGUGUUUUGUUCACAGAAUAUUAACACAUUGUUUUAAUCAGAAGAGAAAGGUGUGCAAAUGUGUUCACUGUUUCGGGCAAUCAGUAAAUACUACUGCACGAAAUUCUAAGUCAUCCCAUCAGUGUCAUACCAUGUACAGCAUGGUUCCCCAACUGGCUGCCCGCACGCCGAAUCUGGCCCGCAGGUGAUUUUAUUUGGCCCCUUAAGUUAAGACUGUAAAAUCACCAGGAAACAGCUCAAAGUGAUUUUUAUUUAAUCACAUAAAUAGAAAAACAUGUGAACGUAUCCCAAUUAAUCAAGAUUUGAAAGUAUUAUGUUUUUGUCAAACACUAUAUCUGUUUGGGCUUCUUGCGGUCAAUUUGCAGUCUACAAAUGAUUUAUAAUUAUGUUCUGGCCCCAUGACCAUCCGCUGAAGAAAAAAUCGGCCCGCGACUGAAUGUAGUUGGGGACCCCUGAUGUACAAGAUAUGGAAAGAUCUAGGCAAUGGGGACUGUCUAAUUGUUUUUUUUAGUUUUUUACAAUAUGCAGAGAUGCAGUGAGUGAAGUUGGGUUACUUCUACGUAACUUCGAGUUACUCUUAAGUCAUCAUCUCCAACAUUGUUACCUUCCAUUAUAAAGCUUUGCUUUAGUGUGUGGAUGUAGGCCAAUGCAUUCAUUUCAGUUGUUUUCCUUUAUUGUAUUCACCUUUCCUUAUUUCUGUUGUGGAUUGUGUUUCUGUGCGCCAAUGGAAAGUCUACAAAACUAUGAGCAAACCAACCUUUGUAUUGAAUACAUGGAAUUGGAUUGUGAUGACAACAUUGUUCCAAAAAUGCUUGUACACGAUUGAGAAAAAACGUAAUGAUGUCUUAGUGGCAGAAUUAGCAAAGAGGAGGCUGGGUCAUAUGAUUUAUAGACCCACAAUGAUAUUGAAGCCACGCCGAGACAGACUGACUAAUUUUUUCAGCACUUUUUUUUUGGGGGGGGGGGGGGGGGGGGGGUAAGGGGGUGGUAGAAGGAUUACUUUAUCCUAUCCCAGUUAUUCCUUAAAGAGGUGGGGUUUCAAAUGUCUCCGGAAGGUGGUGAGUGACUCCGCUGUCCUGGCGUCGUGAGGGAGCUUGUUCCACCAUUGGGGUGCAAGAGCAGCGAACAGUUUUGACUGGGCUGAGCGGGAACUAUGCUUCCGCAGAGGUAGGGGAGCCAGCAGGCCAGAGGUGGAUGAACGCAAUGCCCUCGUUUGGGUGUAGGGACUGAUCAGAGCCUGAAGGUACGGAGGUGCCGUUCCCCUCACAGCUCCGUAGGCAAGCACCAUGGUCUUGUAGCAGAUGCGAGCUUCAAUUGGAAGCCAGUGGAGUGUGCGGAGGAGCGGGGUGACGUGAGAGAACUUGGGAAGGUUGAACACCAGACGGGCUGCGGCAUUCUGGAUGAGUUGUAGGGGUUUAAUGGCACAGGCAGGGAGCCCAGCCAACAGCGAGUUGCAGUAAUCCAGACGGGAGAUGACAAGUGCCUGGAUUAGGACCUGUGCCGCUUCCUGUGUAAGGCAGGGUCGUACUCUCCGAAUGUUGUAGAGCAUGAACCUACAGGAUCGGGUCACCGCCUUGAUGUUAGCGGAGAACGACAGGGUGUUGUCCAGGGUCACGCCAAGGCUCUUCGUACUCUGGGAGGAGGACACAACGGAGUUGUCAACCGUGAUAGCGAGAUCAUGGAACGGGCAGUCCUUCCCCGGGAGGAAGAGCAGCUCCGUCUUGCCAAGGUUCAGCUUGAGGUGGUGAUCCGUCAUCCACACUGAUAUGUCUGCCAGACAUGCAGAGAUGCGAUUCGCCACCUGGUUAUCAGAAGGGGGAAAGGAGAAAAUUAGUUCUGUGUCGUCUGCGUAGCAAUGAUAGAAGAGGCCAUGUGAGGAUAUGACAGAGCCAAGUGACUUGGUGUAUAGCGAGAAUAGGAGAGGGCCUAGAACUGAGCCCUGGGGGACACCAGUGGUGAGAGCACGUGGUGCGGAGACAGCUUCUCGCCACGCCACUUGGUAGGAGCGACCGGUCAGGUAGGACGCAAUCCAAGAGUGAGCCGCGCCGGAGAUGCCCAGCUCGGAGAGGGUGGAGAGGAGGAUCUGAUGGUUCACAGUAUCAAAGGCAGCAUACAGGUCUAGAAGGACAAGAGCAGAGGAGAGAGAGUUAGCUUUAGCAGUGCGGAGAGCCUCCGUGACACAGAGAAGAGCAGUCUCAGUUGAAUGACCAGUCUUGAAACCUGACUGGUUUGGAUCAAGAAGGUCAUUCUGAGAGAGAUAGCAAGAGAGUUGGCUAAAGACGGCACGCUCAAGAGUUUUGGAGAGAAAAGAAAGAAGGGAUACUGGUCUGUAGUUGUUGACAUCAGAGGGAUCGAGUGUUGGUUUUUUGAGAAGGGGUGCAACUCUCGCUCUCUUGAAGACGGAAGGGACAUAGCCAGCAGUCAAGGAUGAGUUGAUCAGCGAGGUGAGGUAAGGGAGAAGGUCACCGGAGAUGGUCUGGAGAAGAGAGGAGGGGAUAGGGUCAAGCGGGCAGGUUGUUGGGCGGCCGGCCGUCACAAGUCGCAAGAUUUUAUCUGGAGAGAGAGGGGAGAAAGAAGUCAAAGCAUAGGGUAGGGCAGUGUGAGCAGGACCAGCAGUGUCAUUUGACUUAACAAACGAGGAUCGGAUGUCGUCAACCUUCUUUUCAAAAUGGUUGACAAAGUCAUCCACAGAGAGGGGGGGGGGAGGAUUCAGCAGGGAGGAGAAGGUGGCAAAGAGCUUCCGUGGGUUAGAGGCAGAUGCUUGGAAUUUAGAAUGGUAGAAAGUGGCCUUAGCAGCAGAAACAGAUGAAGAAAAUGUAGAGAGGAGGGAGUGAAAAGAUGCCAGGUCCGCAGGGAGUCUAGUUUUCCUCCAUUUCCCCUCGGAUGCCCGGAGCCCUGUUCUGUGAGCUCGCAAUGAGUCAUCAAGCCACGGAGCUGGAGGGGAGGACCGAGCCGGCCGGGAGGAUAGGGGACAUAGAGAGUCAAAGGGUGCAGAAAGGGAGGAGAGGAGGGUUGAGGAGGCAGAAUCAGGAGAUUGGAGGGAGAAGGAUUGAGCAGAGGGAAGAGAUGAUAGGAUGGAAGAGGAGAGAGUAGCGGGAGAGAGAGAGCGAAGGUUGCGACGGCGCAUUACCAUCUGAGUAGGGGCAGAGUGAGUACUGUUGGAGGAGAGCGAGAGAGAAAAGGAUACAAAGUAGUGGUCGGAGACAUGGAGGGGAGUUGCAGUGAGAUUAGUAGAAGAACAGCAUCUAGUAAAGAUGAGGUCAAGCGUAUUGCCUGCCUUGUGAGUAGGGGGGGACGGUGAGAGGGUGAGGUCAAAAGAGGAGAGGAGUAGAAAGAAGGAGGCAGAGAGAAAUUAGUCAAAGGUAGAUGUAGGGAGGUUGAAGUCCCCCAGAACUGUGAGGGGUGAGCCAUCCUCAGGAAAGGAACUUAUCAAGGCGUCAAGCUCAUUGAUGAACUCUCCAAGGGAACCUGGAGGGCGAUAAAUGACAAGGAUGUUAAGCUUAAAUGGGCUAGUGACUGUGACAGCAUGGAAUUCAAAUGAGGAGAUAGACAGAUGGGUCAGGGGAAAAAUUGAGAAUGUCCACUUGGGAGAGAUGAGGAUUCCUGUGCCACCACCCCGCUGACCAGAUGUUCUCGGGGUAUGCGAGAACACAUGGUCAGACGAGGAGAGAGCAGUAGGAGUAGCAGUGUUUUCAGUGGUACAUACAGCAGGCAAACACCAAUCAUGCACAGUGAAAGCACAUAUAGCACACUUAGACAGGAAAUUACUAUCCUUAGCUUGACUUGGUAAUAUGCAAGUUUUCUGAUGAAAGCUCUGAGCUAUUUUGAUGUAAAAUCUUGUUGUGUGAUGUUAUGUUAAGUGAAUAGGCUCUAUUUGUUAGGUGGGGUGGUUUGUGAUGGAAGUGGACUGGUCCAUGGGUAGUUGGCUGCUGUUGUGUGUUUGGAGUGGUUUGUUUGGACUGUUUUGCUGUUUUCAACUGAGUUGAUAGCCCAUCUCCUGUCGUCCCCAGGCUGAGGUGAACGGGGACAUUCCUGCAGCCGAGGGACCAUCAGAGAGCGACAGUGGCGCGGAGAUGACCAAUGAGAACAGCCCGCUCACCGCCGCCGAGCCGCCCUCCCCCUUCAGCCCCAAGCAGAACGGAGACGCUGCCUCACCUGCAGGUCAGGAACACAAACAACACUGAUAGUAGCAAACAUGCAUGGCAGCAAGACUGGAAAGGGACAUUUCAAAUAUUUUGAGCUCUCCAGUUGGUUUACAGUAGUGCUAAGCGAUUAACAGAAAUGUAGGUUAUUUUUCGGUUUUCAAACAACUACUGUAAUUGACCUGACAUCAGUUCAAUUAUUUGAAUUCUAUUUAGUUUGUUUUUUGUCUGAGCUCAAUGCACACAUUGCGCAGUUUCUCUAGAGAUAAAUCAGAUCAAGCCUGAACUGUGCAAUGUAGUAGGGAGUUGUAGUUUCCAACAGGCCAAUAUUCUACAUAGUUUAGGUAGAAAAUGUGGUAGUUAACCAUUACAGUCUAAACCCUGACUAAACCGGGGGAGGGGGAGUUCUACUAAGCUAUAUGGAAUUGUUUUAAGAAGGUCAUACCAAGGAUCAUUUUGCUAUUUUAUUUAGAAUUUUAAGACCACUUGAAGUAUCAGAAAAAUAUAUUUACAAAUUAUUUGAUGAAACAUUUUAUUUGGCCUUACUGCUAUUAGCCCAUAAAAAUGCAUUGAAUAACAGAUAGUCCCCCCAAAAAAAUCUAAAGGAAGUUUGUUCUGAAGUGUCUGUCCUAGUUCUGAGAGAUAUAAGCAAGAUCAGGAAAUAUUUUCUAUACAUGUAAUUAACCCCUUGUUUUUGGCACUAAACAGUCAAAGCCCUGUCUAAGCCGGGGGGGUUUACUAAGCUAUAUGGAAUUGUUUUAAGAACGUCAUACCAAGGAUCAUUUUGCUAUUUGUUUUUGAAUUUUAAGACCCCUUGAAGUAUAAAAAAAUGUAUAUAAAAAAAAAAAAAAAUAUGAAGAAAAAAAUGGGGGCAUUACUGCUAUUAGCCCAUACAAACGCAUUGAAUAACAGAUUCACUACAUGGAACAACAGAUAGUCCCCCCCAAAAAAAAUUCUAAAGGAAGUUUGUUCUGAAGUGUUUGUCCUAUAUCUGAGAGACAUAAGAAAGAUCAGGAAACAUUUGUUAUUUGUUUUUACAUGUAUUUAACCCCUUAUUUUUGGCACUAAACACUCUCCAUAUACAGUUGAAGUCGGAAGUUUACAUACACCUUAGCCAAAAACAUUUAAACUCAGUUUUUCACAAUUCCAGACAUUUAAUCCUAGUAAACAUUCCCUGUCUUAGGUCAAUUAGGAUCACCACUUUAUUUUAAGAAUGUGAAAUGUCAGAAUAAUAGUAAGAGAGAAUUAUUUAUUUAAGCUUUUAUUUAUUUCAUCACAUUCCCAGUGGGUCAGAAGUUUACAUACACUCAAUUAGUAUUUGGUAGCAUUUCCUUUAAAUUGUUUAACUUGGGUCAAACGUUUUGGGUAGCCUUCCACAAGCUUCCCACAGUAAGUUGGGUGAAUUUUGGCCCAUUCCUCCUGACAGAGCUGGUGUAACUGAGUCAGGUUUGUAGGUCUCCUUGCUCGCACACACCUUUUCAGUUCUGCCCACACAUUUUCUAUAGGAUUGAGGUCAGGGCUUUGUGAUGGCCACUCCAAUACCUUGACUUUGUUGUCCUUAAGCCAUUUUGCCACAACUUUGGAAGUAUGCUUGGGGUCAUUGUCCAUUUGGAAGACCCAUUUGCGACCAAGCUUUAACUUCCUGACUGAUGUCUUGAGAUGUUGCUUCCUCAUGAUGCCAUCUAUUUUGUGAAGUGCACAAGGCCCUCCUGCAGCAAAGCACCCCCACAGCAUGAUGCUGCCACCCCCGUGCUUCACGGUUGGGAUGGUGUUCUUCGACUUGCAAGGGACCCCCUUUUUCCUCCAAACAUAACGAUGGUCAUUGUGGCCAAACAGUUCUAUUUGUGUUUCAUCAGACCAGAGGACAUUUCUCCAAAAAGUACGAUCUUUGUCCCCAUGUGCAGUUACAAACCGUAGUCUGGCUUUUUUAUGGCGGUUUUGGAGCAGUGGCUUCUUCCUUGCUGAGUGGCCUUUCAGGUUAUGUCGAUAUAGGACUUAUUUUACUGUGGAUAUAGAUACUUUUGUACCUGUUUCCUCCAGCAUCUUCACAAGGUCCUUUGCUGUUGUUCUGGGAUUGAUUUGCACUUUUCGCACCAAAGUACGUUCAUCUCUAGGAGACAGAAUGCGUCUCCUUCCUGAGCGGUAUGACGGCUGCGUGGUCCCAUGGUGUUUAUACUUGCGUACUAUUGUUUGUACAGAUGAACGUGGUACCUUCAGGCGUUUGGAAAUUGCUCCCAAGGAUGAACCAGACUUGUGGAGGUCUACGAUUUUUUUUCUGAGGUCUUCUGAGGUCUGAUUGAUUGAUUGAUUGCUUCUGUGGACAGGUGUCUUUUAUACAGGUAACAAGCUGAGAUUAGGAGCACUCCUUUUAAGAGUGUGCUCCUAAUCUCAGCUCGUUACCUGUAUAAAAGACACCUGGGAGCCAGAAAUCUUUCUGAUUGAGAGGGGGUCAACUACUUAUUUCCCUCAUUAAAAUGCAAAUCAAUUUAUAACAUUUUUGACAUGCGUUUUUCUGGAUUUUUUUGUUGUUAUUCUGUCUCUCACUGUUCAAAUAAACCUACCAUUAAAAUUAUAGACUGAUCAUGUAUUUGUCAGUGGGCAAACAUACAAAAUCAGCAGGGGAUCAAAUACUUUUUUCCCUCACUGUAUCUUAGUCCAUGCCGCUUUGUCAUUGCUUGUCCAUAUAUGUACAGUGGGGAGAACAAGUAUUUGAUACACUGCCGAUUUUGCAGGUUUAGAAAAUCACAUUGUAUGAUUUUUAAGUAAUUAAUUUGCAUUUUAUUGCAUGACAUAAGUAUUUGAUCACCUACCAACCAGUAAGAAUUCCGGCUCUCACAGACCUGUUAGUUUUUCUUUAAGAAGCCCUCCUAUUCUCCACUCAUUACCUGUAUUAACUGCACCUGUUUGAACUCAUUACCUGUAUAAAAGACACCUGUCCACACACUCAAUCAAACAGACUCCAACCUCUCCACAAUGGCCAAGACUAGAGAGCUGUGUAAGGACAUCAGGGAUAAAAUUGUAGACCUGCACAAGGCUGGGAUGGGCUACAGGACAAUAGGCAAGCAGCUUGGUGAGAAGGCAACAACUGUUGGCGCAAUUAUUAGAAAAUGGAAGAAGUUCAAGAUGACGGUCAAUCACCCUCGGUCUGGGGCUCCAUGCAAGAUCUCACCUUGUGGGGCAUCAAUGAUCAUGAGGAAGGUGAGGGAUCAGCUCAGAACUACACGGCAGGACCUGGUCAAUGAUCUGAAGAGAGCUGGGACCACAGUCUCAAAGAAAACCAUUAGUAACACACUAUGCCGUCAUGGAUUAAAAUCCUGCAGCGCACGCAAGGUCCCCCUGCUCAAGCCAGCGCAUGUCCAGGCCCGUCUGAAGUUUGCCAAUGACCAUCUGGAUGAUCCAGAGGAGGAAUGGGAGAAGGUCAUGUGGUCUGAUGAGACAAAAAUAGAGCUUUUUGGUCUAAACUCCACUUGCCGUGUUUGGAGGAAGAAGAAGGAUGAGUACAACCCCAAGAACACCAUCCCAACCGUGAAGCAUGGAGGUGGAAACAUCAUUCUUUGGGGAUGCUUUUCUGCAAAGGGGACAGGACGACUGCACCUUAUUGAGGGGAGGAUGGAUGGGGCCAUGUAUCGCGAGAUCUUGGCCAACAACCUCCUUCCCUCAGUAAGAGCAUUGAAGAUGGGUCGUGGCUGGGUCUUCCAGCAUGACAACGACCCGAAACACACAGCCAGGGCAACUAAGGAGUGGCUCCGUAAGAAGCAUCUUAAGGUCCUGGAGUGGCCUAGCCAGUCUCCAGACCUGAACCCAAUAGAAAAUCUUUGGAGGGAGCUGAAAGUCCGUAUUGCCCAGCGACAGCCCCGAAACCUGAAGGAUCUGGAGAAGGUCUGUAUGGAGGAGUGGGCCAAAAUCCCUGCUGCAGUGUGUGCAAACCUGGUCAAGACCUACAGGAAAUGUAUGAUCUCUGUAAUUGCAAACAAAGGUUUCUGUACCAAAUAUUAAGUUCUGCUUUUCUGAUGUAUCAAAUACUUAUGUCAUGCAAUAAAAUCAAAAAUAAUUACUUAAAAAUCAUACAAUGUGAUUUUCUGGAUUUUUGUUUUAGAUUCCGUCUCUCACAGUUGAAGCGUACCUAUGAUAAAAAUGACAGACCUCUACAUUCUUUGUAAGUAGGAAAACCUGCAAAAUCGGCAGUGUAUAAAAUACUUGUUCUCCCCACUGUAUAUAUUCUUCAAUUCCAUUCCUUACUUAGAUUUGUGUGUAUUGGGUAUAUGUUGUGAAAUUGGUAGAUAUUACUUGUUAGAUGUUACUGCACUGUCGGAGCUAGAAGCACAAGCAUUUCGCUACACCCGCAAUAACAUCUGCUAAACACGUGUAUGUGACAAAUAAAAUUUGAUUUGAUUUGAAACCAUCUCAAUUUGGUUGAGGUCGCGGGAGGCCAGGUCAUCUGAUGCAGCACUCCAUCACUCUCCUUCUUGGUAAAAUAGCCCUUACACAGCCUGGAGGUGUGUUGAGUCAUUGUCCUGUUGAAAAACAAAUGAUAGUCCCACUAAGCCCAAACCAGAUGGGAUGGCUUAUCACUGCAGAAUGCUGUGGUAGCCAUGCUGGUUAAGUGUGCUUUGAAUUCUAAAUAAAUCACAGACAGCGUCACCACCAAAGCAACCCCACACCAUAACACCUCCUCCUCCAUGCUUUAUGGUGGGAAAUACAUAUGCGGAGAUCAUCCGUUCACCCACACCGCGUCUCACAAAGACACAGCGGUUGGAACCAAAAAUCUCAAAUUUGGACUCCAGACCAAAGGACAGAUUUCCACCGGUCUAAUGUCCAUUGCAAGUCUCUUCUUCUUAUUGGUGUCCUUUAGCAGUGUCCUCUGAACAGUUGAUUUUGAGAUGUGUCUGUUACUUGAAUUUGUGAAGCAUUUAUUUGGGCUGCAAUUUCUGAGGCUGGUAACUCUAAUGAACUUAUCCUCUGCAGCAGAGUUAACUUUGGGUCUUCCAUUCCUGUGGCGGUCCUCAUGAGAGCCAGUUUCAUCAUAGCGCUUGAUGGUUUUUGUGACUGCACUUGAAGAAACGUUCAAAGUUCUUGAAAUGUUCAGUAUUGACUGACCUUCAUGUCUUAAAGUAAUGAUGGACUGUCGUUUCUCUUUGCUUAUUUGAGCUGUUCUUGCCAUAAUAUGGACCUUGUCACAACACAACUGAUUGGCUGUUUUCAUAAGUCACCAUCCUUACCCUGUCCCUCAUCAAUCAAUCAAUCAAUUUUAUUUUAUAUAGCCCUUCUUACAUCAGCUAAUAUCUCGAAGUGCUGUACAGAAACCCAGCCUAAAACCCCAAACAGCUAGUAAUGCAGGUGUAGAAGCACGGUGGCUAGGAAAAACUCCCUAGAAAGGCGAAAACCUAGGAAGAAACCUAGAGAGGAACCAGGCUAUGAGGGGUGGCCAGUCCUCUUCUGGCUGUGCCGGGUGAAGAUUAUAACAGAACCAUGCCAAGAUGUUCAAAAAUGUUCAUAAGUGACAAGCAUGGUCAAAUAAUAAUCAUGUCUCUCCCCAUCCUUCUCUUUCUCGCUCUCUCUCUUACCCUCUCUCUCUCCAGACUCAGAUGUGAACCAGUUGUCUGGGAGCAGGAAGAGAACCAGGAAGAGGUCAUCUGAGGAGGAGGAGUGCAUCUGGGACGCCUCCUAUAGUGAGGUGAGUAUUCACACUACAUAGACACCCACAUACACACACACAUGCACGCAGACGGUUUACUUUACGGCAUACAUAGAUACACACAUUUAGAUACAUACUCAUACUUAGAUACACACACACACACACACACACACACACACACACACACACACACACACACACACACACACACACACACACACACACAAAUGAAUGCUAUCUCUCUCUGACACACACAGACACAUGCACUGCCCAACUCUCUACUCCCCCAGACUCUGCACAUUGUGCUGCAGUUUCUCUAGAGAUAAAUCAGAUCAUGCCCGAACUGUGCAAUGUAGUAGGGAGUUGUAGUUUCCAACAGGCCAAUGUUCUACAUAGUUUAGCGCAGAAAACAUGAUACUGAACUACAAUGACCAUAAUCCAUUGCGCGGCUACUUUUCUGGUCUGUGUUUCUUUUACGCCUGCUAUGUAAGAGACAGAAGAAUGUGGGAUCAAGAGGGGAUACAUAGAGAGCAGUUGCUCAAUGUACACUAUAUAUACAAAAGUAAGUGGACACAACAGGAGGUUGGUGGCACCUUAAUUGGGAAGAACGGGCUUGUGGAAAUGACUGGAGCGGAAUAGGUGGAUUGGUAUAAAAUACAUCAAACACAUGGUUUCCAGGUGUUUGAGGCCAUUCCAUUAGCUCCAUUCCGGCCAUUAUUAUCAGCAUCCUCCUGUGGUGGACACCCCUUCAAAUUAGUAGAUUCUGCUAUUUCAGCCACACCCGUUGCUGACAGGUAUAUAAAAUCGAGCACACAGCCAUACAAUCUCCAUAGACAAACAUUUACAGUAGAAUGGCCUUACUGAAGAGCUCAGUGACUUUCAACGUGGCAUCUUUCCAACAGUUCGUGAAAUUUCUGCCCUGCAAGAGCUGCCCCGGUAAUUGCUGUUAUUGUGAUGUUAAAACGUCUAGGAGCAACAACGGCUCAGCCGCGAAGUGGCUUCACCAUCUGACAGUCCAACAGACAAGUCUGGGUUUGGCGGAUGCCAGGAGAACGCUACCUGCCCAAAUGUAUAGUGCUUAAUGCGACAAUCCUAACAGUAGAACCAGUUAGUCUGCUUUGAUGCCCAUCUCAUCAACAAAACCUGAACGGUGAUGGUGUUUUCUCUCGUAGCCAGACACUGUAUGCCAUAGAAUUAGGAAUUAGAAUACUGGAAUGGACAUUAACCUUCUUAUGAUGGUCCAAAUGUCAGCCAGGUUGGGCAGGGAGUUGGUCAACCAUGGUUUACCAGUGCUGUGUCUUCUCUACAGCAGAAGGCCAAGGUAGCAGGGGUGGGGGGCUCGGAGUCUGGCUCGGGUCUGAGACAGAGACCCUCUCCCAGGACCAUCUUCCAGGCCGGUCUGCUGGCCCCUCACACCAAACCACGCAGCCGCGAGCAGAGAAGGGGAGGACGCCAGAGCAAGCUGGAGCACCGCAGCAGCCCUCUGGUGAGGACACACACACACUGCAUGAGGACACACGCCAUUCAGAGUAGACUGAAUAUGCAACAACUUAAUGAACAGACACUAUACAUCCCAGGGCUCCCAUCUGUCAAAAUAUUCAGCUCUGAUGUUUUAUGUACUCACAAAGAAACACAAAUCCACCUCUGAAUCAUUUCUGAUUUCAUAAAAAUGUAACACCCCCACAGAAAUGAAUUACUCUGUUCUAACAGUACCUCAGACAUGAUUUGAUAUAAAGAAAUGUGUCAAUCCUGUCAGUGAUGACAUGACUAGGUAGUCAUACUCCUGGCAGUCACUCUGAACCAUGGCAACAUCCUUACAACUAACACAACUAACAUAGAGUAGGACAUGAUAGGACAUAACAUGUGGCUGGAGGAAUGUAGCUCUGUUUGUCUUAUGUCAGUUCUCUGAAAAAGAAAAAAAACUCUGAAACAGUCACACACACACGCACGCUUCUCACGCUCAAACAGGAGAUAUGAGGAGGAGAAACCAAACUGUUGGAGACACACACACACACACACACAGCAACCAUAAGGGCUGCCUUUGUGAGAAACGCUGUGGCCUGGAAGGAGUAUUUGUAUAUGUAUUUAUUAGGGAUCCCAUUAGCUGCUUCCAAGGGUCCAAACAUAUUAAAGCACUUACAUUACAUAUAAAACAAAAGAUAAAACAGUACAUCAUAUAACAUUAUUACACCACUACAUAUCUACAAUACAAAAUGUUUAAUGCCACCAUACAACAAUAUCACAAUGUGUGCGUAUGCAUGUGUCUGUACCUUUGUGUGUGUCUCUUCACGUUCCCCUUUGUUCCAUAAGGUGUAUUUUUAUCUGAUUUUUAAAUCUGAUUUUACUGCUUGCAUGAGUUACUUGAUGUGGAAUAAAGUUCCAUGUAGUCAUGGCUCUAUGUAGUACUGUGCACCUCCCAUAGUCUGUUCUGGACUUGGGGACUGUGAAGAGACCUCUGGUGGCAUGUCUUGUGGGGUAAGCAUGGGAGUCCGAGCUGUGUGUUAGUAUUUUAAACAGACAGCUCGGUACAUUCAGCUUGUCAACACCUCUUACAAAAACAAGUAGUGAUGAAGUCAAUCUCUCUUCCACUUUGAGCCAUGGGAGAUUGACAUGCAUGUCAUUAAUGUUAGCUCUCCGUGUACUUUUAAAGGCCAGCCGUGCUGCCCUGUUCUGAGCCAACUGCAAUUUUCCAAAGUCCCUCUUUGUGGCACCUGACCACACUACUGAACAGUAGUCUAGGUGCAACAAAACUAGGGCCUGUAGGACCAGCCUUGUUGAUAGUGUUGUUAAGAAGGCAGAGCAGCACUUUAUUAUGGACAGACUUCUCCCAAUCUUAUCUACUGUUGUAUCAAUAUGUUUUGACCAGAGUCCAGGGUUACUCCAAGCAGUUUAGUCACCUCAACUUGCUCAAUUUCCACAUUAUUCAUUACGAGAUGUAGUUGAGGUUUAGGGUUUAGUGAAUGAUUUGUCGCAAAUACAAUGCUUUUAGUUUUGGAAAUAUUUACGACUAACUUAUUCCUUGCUACCCAUUCUGAAACUAACUGCAGUUCUUUGUUAAGUGUUGCAGUUAUUUCAAUUGCUGUAGUAGCUGACGUGUAUAGUGUUGAGUCAUCUGCAUACAUAGACACAUUACUCAAAGCCAGUGGCAUGUCAUUAGUAAAGAUGGAAAAAAGUAAGGGGCCUAGACAGCUACCCUGGGGAAUUCCUGAUUCUACCUGGAUUAUGUUUGCGAGGCUUCCAUUAAAGAACACACUCUGUGUUCUGUUAGACAAGUAACUCUUUAUCCACAUCAUAGCAGGGGGUGUAAAGCCAUAACACAUACGUUUUUCCAGCAGCAGACUAUGAUCGAAAAUGUCAAAAGCUGCACUGAAGUCUAACAAGACAGCCCCACAAUCAUUUUAUCAAUACUUUCUCUCAGCCAAUCAUCAGUUAUUUGUGUAAAUGCUGUGCUUGUUGAGUGUCCUUCCCUAUAAGCGUGCUGAAAGUCUGUUGUCAGUUUGUUUACUGUGAAAUAGCAUUGUAUCUGGUCAAACACCAGCUUUUCCAGAGGUUUACUAAGGGUGAUGUAAAGAAUGGUGGUCUAUACAGUCGUGGUCAAAAGUUUUGAGAAUGACACAAAUACUAAUUUUCAAAAAGUCUGCUGCCUCAGUUUUGAUGAUGUCAAUUUGCAUAUACUCCAGAAUGUCAUGAAGAGUGAUCAGAUGAAUUGCAAUUAAUUGCAAAGUCCCUCUUUGCCAUGAAAAUGAACUUAAUCCAAAAAAAAAACAUUUCCACUGCAUUUCAGCCCUGCCACAAAAGGACCAGCUGCCAUCAUGUCAGUGAUUCUCUCGUUAACAAAGGUGAGAGUGUUGACGAGGACAAGGCUGGAGAUCACUCUGUCAUGCUGAUUGAGUUAGAAUAACAGACUGGAAGCCUUAAAAGGAGGGUGGUGCUUGAAAUCAUUGUUCUUCCUCUGUUAACCAUGGUUACCUGCAAGGAAACACGUGCCGUCAUCAUUGCUUUGCACAAAAAGGGCUUCACAGGCAAGGAUAUUGCUGCUAGUAAGAUUGCACCUAAAUCAACAAUUUAUCGGAUCAUCAAGAACUUCAAGGAGAGAGGUUCAAUUGUUGUGAAGAAGGCAUCAGGGCACCCAAAAAAGACCAGCAAGCGCCAGGACCAUCUCCUAAAGUUGAUUCAGCUGCGGGAUCGGGGCACCACCAGUGCAGAGCUUGCUCAGGAAUGGCAGCAGGCACGUGUGAGUGCAUCUGCACGCACAGUGAGGCGAAUACUUUUGGAGGAUGGCCUGGUGUCAAGAAGGGCAGCAAAGAAGCCACUUCUCUCCAGGAAAAACAUCAGUCAGCAAAAGGUACAGGGAUUGGACUGCUGAGGACUGGGGUAAAGUCAUUUUCUCUGAUGAAUCCCCUUUCCGAUUGUUUGGGGCAUUCGGAAAACACCUUGUCCGGAGAAGACAAGGUGAGCGCUACCAUCAGUCCUGUGUCAUGCCAACAGUAAAGCAUCCUGAGACCAUUCAUGUGUGGGGUUGCUUCUCAGCCAAGGGAGUGGGCUCACUCACAAUUUUGCCUAAGAACACAGCCAUGAAUGGAAAAUGUAUGCACUCACUAACUGUAAGUCGCUCUGGAUAAGAGCGUCUGCUAAAAUGACUAAAAUGUUUUUAAAAAAUGAAUAAAGAAUGGUACCAACACAUCCUCCGAGAGCAACUUCUCCCAACCAUCCAAGAACAGUUUGGUGAUGACCAAUGCCUUUUCCAGCAUGAUGGAGCACCUUGCCAUAAGGCAAAAGUGAUAACUAAGUGGCUCGGGGAACAAAACAUCUACAUUUUGGGUCCAUGGCCAGGAAACUCCCCAGACCUUAAUCCCAUUGAGAACUUGUGGUCAAUCCUCAAGAGGCGGGUGGACAAACAAAAACCCACAAAUUCUGACAAACUCUAAGCAUUGAUUAUGCAAGAAUGAGCUGCCAUCAGUCAGGAUGUGGCCCAGAAGUUAAUUGACAGCAUGCCAGGGCAGAUUGCAGAGGUCUUGAAAAAGAAGGGUAAACACUGCAAAUAUUGACUCUUUGCAUAAACGUAAUGUAAUUGUCAAUAAAAGCCUUUGACACUUAUGGAAUGCUUGUAAUUAUACUUCAGUAUACCAUAGUAACAUCUGACAAAAAUAUCUCAUAACACAAUACUUGUGUCAUUCUCAAAACUUCUGACCACGUCUGUAUUAGUCCCAGCCUUUGGAACUUUGGUUUUCCUAGAUAUGGCUACUACAUUGUGAUCACUACAUCCUAUGGAUUUGGAUACUGCUUUGAAGCAAAUUUCUGCAGCAUUAGUAAAGAUGUGAUCAAUACAUGUUGAUGAUUUCAUUCCUGUGCUGUUUGUAAAUACCCUGGUAGGUUGACUGACAACCUGAACCAGGUUGCAGGCACUGGUUACAGUUUAAAAAAAAUCUUGAGUGGGCAGGUUGAUGAGAGCCAGUCAAUAUUUAAAUCACCCAGAAAACAUACUUAUCUGUUGAUAUUACUUACAUUAUCAAGCAUUUCACACAUAUUAUCCAGAUACUGACUGUUAGCACUUGGUGGUCUAUAGCAGCUUCCCACAAGAAUGGGCUUUAGGUGAGGCAGAUGAACCUGUAGCCAUAUUACUUCAACAGUAUUUAACAUUAGAUCGUCUCUAAGCUUUAGAAAAACAAUAAACCGUGGUCUCUCGUUCAGCGUUCAACAACAAACAACAUACAUCACGCUCAGAUGACGUGGUCUGGCUGAAGGAGGUAAUAGCUACAGUGAGGGAAAAAAGUAUUUGAUCCCCUGCUGAUUAUGUAUGUUUGCCCACUGACAAAGACAUGAUCAGCCUAUAAUUUUAAUGGUAGGUUUAUUUGAACAGUGAGAGACAGAAUAACAACAAAAAAAUCCAGAAAGACGCACGUUAUAAAUUGAUUUGCAUUAUAAUGAGGGAAAUAAGUAUUUGAUCCCUCUGCAAAACUUGACUUAGUACUUGGUGGCAAAACCCUUGUUGGCAAUCACAGAGGUCAGACGUUUCUUGUAGUUGGCCACCAGGUUUGCACACAUCUCAGGAGGGAUUUUGUCCCACUCCUCUUUGCAGAUCUUCUCCAAGUCAUUAAGGUUUCGAGGCUGACGUUUGGCAACUCGAACCUUCAGCUCCCUCCACAUAUUUUCUAUGGGAUUAAGGUCUGGAGACUGGCUAGGCCACUCCAGGACCUUAAUGUGCUUCUUCUUGAGCCACUCCUUUGUUGCCUUGGCCGUGUGUUUUGGGUCAUUGUCAUGCUGGAAUACCCAUCCACGACCCAUUUUCAAUGCCCUGUCUGAGGGAAGGAGGUUCUCACCCAAGAUUUGACGGUACAUGGCCCCGCCCAUCGUACCUUUGAUGCGGUGAAGUUGUCCUGUCCCCUUAGCAGGAAAACACCCCCAAAGCAUAAUGUUUCAACCUCCAUGUUUGACGGUGGGGAUGGGGUUCUUGGGGUCAUAGGCAGCAUUCCUCCUCCUCCAAACACGGCGAGUUGAGUUGAUGCCAAAGAGCUCGAUUUUGGUCUCAUAUGACCACAACACUUUCACCCAGUUCUCCUCUGAAUCAUUCAGAUGUUCAUUGGCAAACUUCAGACGGGCCUGUAUAUGUGCUUUCUUGAGCAGGGGGACCUUGCGGGCGCUGCAGGAUUUCAGUCCUUCACGGCGUAUGUGUGUUACCAAUUGUUUUCUUGGUGACUAUGGUCCCAGCUGCCUUGAGAUCAUUGACAAGAUCCUCCCAUGUAGUUCUGGGCUGAUUCCUCACCGUUCUCAUGAUCAUUGUAACUCCACGAGGUGAGAUCUUGCAUGGAGCCCCAGGCCGAGGGAGAUUGACAGUUCUUUUGUGUUUCUUCCAUUUGCGAAUAAUCACACCAACUGUUGUCACCUUCUCACCAAGCUGCUUGGCAAAGGUCUUGUAGCCCAUUCCAGCCUUGUGUAGGUCUACAAUCUUGUCAUGGUGGGGAGUUUGGAAUCUGAUUGAUUGAUUGCUUCUGUGGACAGGUGUCUUUUAUACAGGUAACAAGCAGAGAUUAGGAGCACUCCCUUUAAGAGUGUGCUCCUAAUCUGAGCUCGUUACCUGUAUAAAAGACACCUGGGAGCCAGAAAUCUUUCUGAUUGAGACGGGGUCAAAUACUUAUUUCCCUCAUUAAAAUGCAAAUCAAUUUAUAACAUUUUUGACAUGCGUUUUUCUGGAUUUUUGUUGUUGUUAUUCUGUCUCUCACUGUUCAAAUAAACCUACCAUUAAAAUGAUAGACUGAUCAUUUCUUUGUCAGUGGGCAAACGUACAAAACCAGCAGGGGAUCAUAUACUUUUUUCCCUCACUGUAUGCCAACUGGUUUCAGGACCUCUGGGACAAAGGGGAGUGACAGUCAGUGUUCAAUUGGAUCCUCGUCGUUUAUUUUCUGAAGUCUCUUCUUUCCAGCGUGAGCCAGCUAAAACAUGCUUGUCUGCAGUUCAUCAUGUGAUGAGAAAGUGCUCGGCAUCUCCGCUUCGUGACUGCGCUGACAACGUUCAACGCCUCUCUUUAUCUCUCUCUUUCCCUCUCUCUUUCACUCUGUCUCCCUCUUGUGCUCUCUCUCUCUUUCACUCUCUUUGUCCCCAACUUUCGACCUGUCUCUCCCCCUCUCUGUCUCUCACUCUCUUGCACUCUCUCUUCACCUCUCUCUCUUCCUCUCCCUCUGUCUCUCUCUCUCACCUCUCUCUCAUACCCUGUGUCUCUCUGUCAGUCUGAAGUACCUGUGUAAGGGUUGCAUUAUUUCAGUUACCAGUGAGAUUGUUAAUUACAUCAGAAAGAGAAAAGGACACUGCGUAGGUUCCAAGGUGUUGGUCUGGAUUAAAGAACACUGAGUAGGUUCCAAGGUGUUGGGUCUGGAUUAAAGAACACUGAGUAGGUUCCAAGGUGUUGGGUCUGGAUUAAAGAACACUGAGUAGGUUCCAAGGUGUUGGUCUGGAUUAAAGAACACUGAGUAGGUUCCAAGGUGUUGGUCUGGAUUAAAGAACACUGAGUAGGUUCCAAGGUGUUGGUCUGGAUUAAAGAACACUGAGUAGGUUCCAAGGUGUUGGUCUGGAUUAUCUGUGUAGGUGAGGGACUCCAUUUGGGCCAAGAGCACUAUGCCAAAACACAGCUAAGAACUAGGAUUGGGUAGAGCAGAGAACAUCAGGUUGAUAGGGACCAAAUUAAACAAAAAAACACAUACGGGUUUAACAGUUGUGCGUACUUGGUAAUUGUGUAAUUACACAUAGGUUUUAAGACACUUCAAAACAUAUAACCUUCUCAUAAAACUAGAGUUGCAAAAUUCUGGGAACAUUCAAUAAAUUCCCUGGUUUUCCCGAAAUCACGGUUGGAGGAAUUCCCAGAAUUGGAGGGAAUAAGCAGGAAUCCUCCAACAGGGAUUUCGAGAAAACCAGGGAAUGUUUAAUGCAUCGGGUCCCUCUCUCCUUCCCUUCUUCCCCUCUCUCCCUCCUCCCCCCUUUCUCGCUCUCCACAGAGCCUGGCCUGCAGUGUUGGCUCCGGGCCCCUGGUGUCAGUGGUCCCUGAGAACCCCUCCCUGCAGCUCCUGGAGCAGGACUCUAAGGAUUCGGCCCAGAGUACCUCCACCUCCUCCACCUCUCUGACCUCCCACACCACAGAGCCUGCCUGCCAGCCAGAGUACAAGGUAACGGAAGGGGAGAGAGGGAGGGAGAGGGAGAGGGAAGGAGGAGAGACAGGGAGAGGGGAAGAAGUGAGGGAGGGGGAGAGAGGACAAAGGGGGAAAUGUAGGGCCAAUAGAAGAGGGAGUUAAGGUGGAACAGAAAACAAAAGAGGAGAACGGGGGUAAGAUCAUAGAAGUCUCCCAUCCCUUCUUCUGUUUGUCCACCUGCAGAGACAAUGUGUGUGUGGAGCAUGGCUGACAGUGUGUGUUUGUACAUCUCUGCCUCCGUUGUCUUUGAUGUCUGUAACCUCACAGGUCUACACAGCUGUGUGGUUAGUCAGUGGCAGUGGCACAUGAAGUAAAUUCAGUAUAACAUGGUCUCAUAGUAAGACUGAGUCUUUGUAAUGUGUGUUUGGAGGCCAACCUGUAUCCACAAAAAGACUAAUGGAAACCCACAGUCCCCUAGCAGUGGUAGAUCCAUGAUGUGGACCUGUCAGUAUGUGUAUGCACUGACAUGUCCUAGAGUCAAAGACCCACCUGUCUCAAACUCCAAAUCUAGUUCACACACACAUCUCUUUACCCCUCUAACUGUCCCCCCCCCCCUCCUCUCCCCUCGCAGGACAACAAGGGCUUUGGCAUUGGGGAGAUGGUGUGGGGGAAGAUCAAGGGGUUCUCCUGGUGGCCAGGCAUCGUGGUCACCUGGCGCGCAACGGGCAAACGACAGGCCACGCAUGGCAUGAGGUGGCUGCAGUGGUUCGGUGAUGGCAAGUUCUCUGAGGUGAGCGUUGAUGAGGAGGGUUCCCACCCUGUGUACUCACAACAACCACAACACUCCAUCAUUGUUUUGGCCAAGAGAAACAUUUAGGAUGUUAGCAUGUCUGUCAUAAAGUCUGCUAUAUUUCAGGGUCAGCAUUGACAAAAGCCCUGUUUAUACCUGGGGUUAACAUGCGUCUUUUUGUACUGAUCUUGUCCACAUUCUGAUUGUGCCCAGAUUUUUAGACAGGUGUAGACGAUUAAAAGACGCAUUGUGAUCUGAUUGUGAUCAGAUCUUCCUGACCACCUCUGGAGGUAGUCAGGCAAGCAUUGUGUCUGGAUAUCAAUCAAGUGUAGACCGAUCUGGAUGGUCAAACCAUUUAAAUCAUAAUUAUACCGGCCUUUAAAAUCAUUGACAGGCAGUACCAAUGACUUACAGCAUCAAUAAUUAUCUCUUAAAAUAAAUAAAUACAUAUUACCUGUAUGCAAAGAAAUUGCAUACAGGGAGGUACUAGGAAAUCUGGUCAAAAUGCGGGCACAGUGGAUGGAUAAGAGAUACAUUUUAAUACUAUGUGUAGACGUGACAGAUAGUGAUUGGAUCAUAUUGAUAAGAUCAUGAAACCCACAUAUUAGUGCAAGGUGUAAACAAGGCUCAUGCGACAUGAAGUAGGAGUGCUGGUCAACGAUCAGUUCUCUUUUAGAUCAUAAUGAAUAACAUUACAUGGACAGGGGGCACCUUAUCCUAGAUAAGCACUCCUACUCUGAGACGCUUUGUGAAUACGGACCUUGUUUUACAGUAAAGCAAUGAAUGAGCUUUUAACCUUCCAUAUCUCCACCUGCUGAUGUCUUGUCCUUGGCUUCCACUCAUCAUCCUCACUAGGUUUCAGCUGACAAGCUGGAUUCCAUCACUGCUUUCCCCAAGUUCUUCAACCAAGCCUCCUACGCCAAGCUGGCAUCCUACCGCAGGGCCAUCUUCCAGGCACUGGAGGUAAGGAGGGAGGGGGAGGAGGAGGUGGGCGAAGAAGAAUGUAUACAUGAAUUAGUGUGUGUUGUCAAUGUCUACCUUUCUGUUUCUCUUGUCUGCUUUGUCUGUCUAGAGUACCUGCCUGUUAGUCUGAUCGUCUGUUUGUUUAGCAAGGUUAACAAGGUUGACAAUCAUCUCUCCUCAUUUCCCUUUCUCUAUCUCUGCCCCCUCCUUCUUCCCUCUCCCUUUCUCUAUCUUCCACCUAACUUCCUACCCCGCCCUCUACCUCCCCUCCCUCUCUCCUUCUCUCACCCCACCUUGACUCCCUCUUCCACAUCCCUGCCUCCUCCCCUCCCUCUCUUUUCCCCUCCCUCUCUCAGAUGGCCAGUCUGCGUGCUGAGAAGCCGUUCCCUCCGUGUGAGUCAGAGGGGCCAGAGGACCAGGUCAAGCCCAUGCUGGACUGGGCCAACGGGGGCUUCCUGCCUAAGGGCCAGGAGGGCCUGAAACCCACAGAGAACCCUGGUGAGACUCACCAACCAAAGCCAAUAUAAGGUCUAAAUGCCAUGGCUGGGGUUUUCUCCUGGCCCCCUUCUGUCCUCUCUUGUCCACAAUGGGCACGUUAAAGGGAUAGUUGCCUUUUUCUUUCUUUCUUUUUUUACUUCCCGUAGGGUCCUCCAAAUCGAAAAUAAGCUAAACUUCUAAAAAGCUAAGUAUCCCUUUAAUCAACAUUUCAGUUUUCACAUCAUACAGUAAUUGUGAAUGUGCCGGAGUAAGCUUGGAAGCACAUCUGUAGUCCAAUGUAUCACUGUUAUAGCAUCCAACUGAAACGAUAGCCCCCAGGGCUGUGAGACAAUAGUUGCUGACAGAUUUAAAAGAGUUCCACCAUUACUUUCUCUAGAUCAGGUUCUCCAACCCUGUUCCUGGAGAGCUUUUCGCUCCAACCCCAAUCUAGCGCACCUGAUUCUAAUAAUUAGCUUCUUGAUAAGCUGUUAUUAGAAGACAUUUUACAUUUUUUUAGUCAUUUAGCAGACGCUCUUAUCCAGAGCGACUUACAGUUAGUGAGUGCAUACAUUUUUCUAAAGACUUACGUCAUUUAUUUAUGUCUCUACUUGGCAUCUCACACACUCAACCUUCUCUUUGUCUUUCUAUCUGUCUUUCUCCCCCAGUCUCUGUCUGCACAUGAUCUGUGUCACGCCCUGACUCAGGGGACGCUUAUAUGUUGAGUCAGGGUGUGUAUAUUCCUUGUUGUGCUUGUUCUAUGUUAUAGGAUCUAGUAUGUCUAGAUCUAUGUUGGCCGGUGUGGUUCCCAAUCAGAAGCAGCUGUCGCUCGUUGUCUCUGAUUGGGGACCAUACCUAGGCAGCCUAUUGGCACUAGUGGGUUGUGGGAUCUUGUUCCGUGUGAGGUAUGUUGUUUGUGUACCUUGGACUUCACGUUUCGUUUAGUUUGUUGUUUUGUCGUUGUUUAUUCGGUUCAAAUAAACAUGUAUGCAUAUCACGCUGCGCCUUGGUCCGUCCCGUCUAUGAACGAACGUGACACUCUGUUAACUGUAUGUUGGCACUUUGCUAUUUCAGUGGAGGGGUGGUUAUGGGUUGCCUCCUGUCUAGUAUGUUUCAUGAUGUCAUCCACAGAACUCCAUUGGUUAUGGUUCCAUUGGUUUGUCAGGGGAUCAACCAGGGGUGAAAGUAGAUUUAAUUUCUUCCCGGUAUUGGACAUCCUAAGUGUGCAUGCGCGUGCAAAUUUUUUGGGGGGGCCUAAUCAUAGAAUUACGCAUGCUUCUACAUCUGCAUUGCUUGCUCCCUGGGGUUUUUGGCUGGGUUUCUGUAUAAGCGCUUUGUGACAUCUGCUAAUGUAAAAAAGGGAGCAUUGAUGAAUGGAAAGAAACACCAAAAAGUAUAAUAAUGACAUUCAGUGAUUGUCAUUCAUUAGGCCUACACUUGUAACCUGAAUUGAUGCGUCCACUGUUGUCCACGAGCGUCUCAGUCUCUGCCACUCAUCUCUGCCUUCGCAAAAUGUAACUUUUAUCGCCAAACCACACUUCAUUUUGGAGCGUAUUCCACACGUUUUGAAGUCCAUUCGCUCAUUUGUCAUGCAACUGACAUGCAGUAAUGAUAAAUAAUAUUGGAAUUGGCUUCAGUUUUCUUGGCAUCUUUGUUUUAAUUAUUGUGAUAGGCUCAUGUUAUACUGGUACGCCGUAACAGCUACUCCAUACCGGACCAUACCGGCUUACUUUCACCCCGAUAUUACUUGGCCAAUAAUUUACUGUCAGUGAGAUAAAAAAAAAAAGUAAUACAACAUUUUGUUUGGGCAAUAACUUCAUCUAGAUUAUUUGAGGUAUACUUUCUUAUAAUUUGACUGUUGUUUUUGUUGUGUGUGUCCUCUCUAGACAGCAACCCGUUGAACCACAAGGUGUUGGACGUCAGUCUGCCUGAGUAUUUCCCCACAGCCAAGAGGCCCCGCAUCAGCCUUUGUAAGGCCAAGAGCAGCCCAGAGGAGGUCUACAGUAGAGGUGAGAGGUCAACCAAACAGGGGUCAACCUGGGGUACCAGGGUCGUAUUCAUUAGGCACCAAACGGAAAAAAAACAGACUGAAACAGGGAGGGACUACUUGGAUUUGCAGAACGUUUUCAAAAUGUUAUGCCCUAAUGAAUACGAUCCUGGAGUCGUCUGUUUCAAACAUAUGUAGCUAAUUCCCUUAAGACUGUUCUUUAUUACUAUACAGUAGUAUGUUAUUAUUCAUGUGUGUCAAGACCUGUCUUUGAUUAUUGACCUGGAUGUGUGUGUCUCUCUCUGUGUAUCCACUCUGCCCUUCAGAACAAAUGGUGCAUGAAGUUUUGAAGAAUAACAGAAGUAUAGAAGGUAUGUUCUCAUUUUGGUUUCAGACAUUCCUAAAAAAAAAUAUCUCUAAUUGAUGUAGCUAUGGAACAUAAACUGUCGGUCUUUUUUCUGGCAGAGUUUUGCCUCUCGUGUGGGAAAACAAGAGCGGCAACCUUCCACCCACUUUUUGAAGGAGGCCUUUGCCAAGCAUGC